AUGAUCUUCGGCACCUUAUUCACCUCAUCCAAUUACGAUGAUUCCGAACUGAAGUGCUGGCGCGACAACAUGAAUGAGGUGGAUGAGCCGGUCAUCGAGGAUGCCAGUGGCUCAGAAACAAUUGACUAUACCUGUGUUACUUUCAAACCAGACCUGAGUAAAUUUAAAUUGACCAGCCUGGACUCGAAUACAGUGGACGUGAUGGUGCGACGAGUUGUUGAUGUUGCUGGCACGUUGGAUGGCGUAAACGUCUUCCUGAACGGUACCAAAGUCGAGGUUUCAGGAUUUGAAGAUUAUGUGAAAUUAUUUGCCCCGAAUUCCUCGGAAAAUGGUGAUGACAGUGACAGUCCAUGUUAUGUCACUGUGAAUGAUCGGUGGCAAAUUGCUGUAGCACGAAGUGACGUUGGAUUCCAGCAGAUUAGCUUUGUCAACAAUAUCAACACUCUGAAGGUUUUUCUGCCAUUUUUUCUUGAAACCCAUUCAAGUUUUUUCUGA